GGUUUUGAAUAUCUUUCCCUCGACUCCAAAAUCCUCGCCGGCGAUAAGCAAACCCUAGAUUCGAUUCGCCGUCUGUUCAUCCAGCAAUGUCGUCGUUCAAUCCAUUCUCUACCCCACAGCGACAUCAGCAGACGCCUCAGCCGCAGAGCAUCUCCUUCUUCUCGCCACCGCAGAGCACUCCCUUCUUCUCUCAACUGCAACAACAGCAAACGCCGUCGUUUCAGCCGCACCAGUUCCAGCAGCAACAACAACAACAACAACAAAGUCAGCAGCAGCUGUAUUUGUUCACGAACGAUCAAGCUCCGGCGAGUUACAGCACCGAAUGGAGUGAUCUUCAUCCCGAUUCUCAGAAACUUCUCCUUGAGAUUGAAAAGAAGAUAUUGGAGUACACUAGUGAAAGCCUGAGGCUAGAUCAAUGCAGCCGACUUUACGAUUCUUCUAUUGCCACUGAAGGUUUUGAGUUUGAUGCAAGCCGCAUUGUUCAGGAGCUUGGUGGGAUUAAUGCUACCAUGGACAGACAAAAAGCUGUUCUCCACGAGCUUAUGCUGGUUGUUAAAGAUAUGUUUCGUAAUUCAGAGGUUGCCGUUAGGUCUUUCAUGAUGCUACAGCCAAGAUUCCGUCGUUCUAAACCAGGAGGAGGACGAGCUGUUGUUGUUAGUGGUGGUGAUUCUCAGCAACCACAGCCGCAGGGAGUGAACUCAGCUCCAGCUUCCUCUGGUGAACAGCAAGCAGUUCAAGUUUCUUACUUUUACCGUGGGAUCCCAAAGAAACCCACUGCUUUUCUGCUUCAAACAGUUGUGAGAUUUGAGAAGUAUCUAGGCGAGUGCCGGCAAUGGGUUGAGGAGCUGGAGCAGUUGCUCGCGUUGGAUUCUGACAAGUAUAAUCGACAUGUUUUAGUUUUGGAAUCUCUUCCGAAAGUCAUGUCUAAUGUGCAUGCCUUCUUUGUUCACGUGGCUGCUAAGGUAGAGAAUGUUCACCAGUACAUUGAAUCGUUGAGGACAGCGUAUCUUGCUGACCAGCGGCGGAGAGGAGAAUGCAAUGAUCCGUUUCUUGAGGCUGAUCGGAGGGAAACAGCAAAACAGGAAGCUGCUGCUAAAAGGGUCCACCCAACUCUUCAUCUACCUGCUACUUCUACUACUACUACAAGUGCACAAACCUCAACACAAGUUGCUGGGUUGAUUACUAGCUCAGGGGUAUCGAAUGCUCCACAAACACCUGCAGCCUUUCCAACAUCAGGAGCUGGCUUGUUUCCUGACACACCUGCGUCAGUACCUUCGUCUUCUCUCUUUGCUACACCAGUUAGACCAGUUUUCGGUGCUCCACCAGCUUCUGGAUCUUUGUUUGGCCCGCCAACUCCGUCAAAUCCUGCUACGCCUUCACAGUUUGCAGGUCCUUCACCUGGUUCAGGAGCCAAGUUCAGUUCUCUGACAAGACCUUCAAGGUUCAAAUCCCGAACUUCACGACGUUAGACACUUGAUUUUUAUCAAGUUCCAUCUCUCAGCCUUGACCACGCCUCAUUUACAAGCCUUGAGUUCAUUCAAUAUGAUGAUUGUAUGUUCUCGAAAGUAUAGUCACAGGGAACAAAAGUGAAUAGUGUAUCAUCUAGAAAGUGUUAUUGUCUUCAUGAAGGGGACGACAUGUUUCUCUUGAAUAUAUCAAUCCGUGAAUAUUUUACC